CUGGGCAGCAGCAGCAGCAAGAGGAGCAGGUGCCUGGCUCAGUGCUGUAGAAGCCGUCGGAGGAACUGCUGCGCCGGCGCCGCCCUCGAGGAUUUCGCUGCCCAGCCAUGGCUCCUUCCCCACAGCAGACCCGCGCGCACAAACGCGCCGAGAUACAGCAGCGCUGCGCGGCGGGCGAGUGCUUGGUGCUGGUGGGUCCCCGCCGCGUCUACGACCUGUCGGCCUUCGUGCGGCUCCACCCGGGCGGGCCGGAGCUGCUCCUCCAGCGGGCCGGCACCGACGUGAGCGCCGAGCUGGACGGGCCGCCGCACCGGCACUCGGAGAACGCGCGCCGCUGGCUCGAGCAGUAUUACGUGGGCGACCUCGACGACAACGACGCGCAGCAGCAACAAGAGGACCACUCCAAGGAACGGAACUCCUCCAGUUUUCCAGCAGUAACAAAGGCCAGCAAGAUGGACCCCAGGUGUAAAGCGGUGGAUGAAGACCAGGAGCUCGUGGACUGGCGUAAACCUUUGCUGUGGCAAGUGGGCCACUUGGGAGAGAAGUAUGAUGAAUGGGUGCAUCAACCGGUGGAUCGUCCCAUUCGCUUAUUCCACUCGGAUUUCAUUGAAUCUCUCUCCAAAACAGCAUGGUACACAGUCUGUGCCGUCUGGAUUCCGCUGGUGCUUUAUCUCAGCUGGCAUAGCUACACGUCGCUUGCGAAGGGAGAAACCUGGCUGUUUUCUACCUUCACAACAGCAUAUUCCAUCCGUGUUCACAAGGCCUGGUUCCCGUUGCUCUUCAUUGUGGGGAUGUGCAUGUGGUCCUUAGUCGAAUAUAUCAUCCAUCGCUUCAUCUUCCACAUGAGUCCGCCGGCCAACAACUAUUACCUGAUCACACUGCAUUUCCUGCUCCACGGUCAGCAUCAUAAGUCUCCAUUUGAUGGAUCUCGCCUGGUCUUUCCACCUGCACCGUCAUCCCUGGUCAUUGCCUUUUUCUACGUUCUCGCCAGAGUUGUAUUUCCUGAAGCAUUUGGGACCUCCCUCUUCGUCGGGGGCCUCUUUGGCUACAUUGUCUAUGACAUGAUUCACUAUUACUUGCAUUAUGGAUCACCAAAGAAAGGCAGCUACUUGUAUGGGCUGAAAGCGUACCAUGUGAAGCACCAUUUUGAACACCAGAACGCAGGCUUUGGCAUCACCAGCAAAUUCUGGGACCAUCCGUUUCAGACGCUGAUCCCAGAGGAAACCCCUGAGAAGGAAGACUAGCACCCGUUGCUCUCCUGCAUGGUCUUUGGCUCCUGUUUGCUUUUCUCUUGCAAGCCUCUGAUGCCACCCCCUGGGACUCUGCAGAGCUUGGAGGCCUGGGACCUGAGGAGAGAGGGGACCGUCCUUCUGCCGUGCUGUUUCUUUGUAACAUGGUUCUGCCGUGCAGGUGACCUUCUGGGAGGAGCACUGCAGAGACUAAUGGAGAGGGAAGACCAAGGUGCUGCUGCUGAGUGUCCUAGCCAGGAUGCUAUGGCCAGGGGCAAACUCUGCCCAGCUCAGCUGAGGGCAGCACCUUGAGAUCAAAGUAGAACUCUGGUUUUAGACACAUGUAAGAAUUUCAUUCUUGAGCACAUGCCACAGCUGACUUGGAGGACUGGUAUCCUGUGAUGUGUUGAGCGGUAGGCAAACUGCUCUGGCUCCUAGUAUUCCUGAUAUCUAGCAUGGUGUUUGGGUGGUGGGUGCAGGAUUGCAUAUUGGUGCAACCCUGUUGGCAUCCUUUCUGUGUAGACAAUGGGCAGUGGUCUAAGUCCAGCUUGUUGCAUGCCACCUACUUGGUUGACCUCUCCAGGGGAAUCAUUAGGGGGGAAGACUGCUGAUUUCCCACAAGCUGGCACCAGGUGUGCGGAAUGGCCACCCCUUUUAUGCUCGGUGGGAUUCUGAUCUCUUUAGAGCAGAGCCCUGUGGGUUCUGGAUUUGCUAUGCAAGUGGCUGGGCACAAGCCACCGGAGCUAGAAGUUAUGGAAGAGGUCAUCAAGUGUAUCUCCCUGUCCAAAGACGGAGGACCUGGCACCAAAGAGUCCCUGAUUGGUCCCUAUUCCGUCACUAAUGCAACUUCUCAAGCCAGAAUUUGGGGGUGAAGUGAGAUUGUAGUAUAGCCUGGAACUGCUUGAGUUUGGGGACUGACUUGGUUGCAGACUGCCGUUGCUAGGCAGAGGUGGGAUUUUAAAGCAGAACCAGGCGAGCAAGAAAACAGAAAGAAGGGGGAGCCCCUUUCAGAAAAGUAACAGACAAAUUGCUACAAAUUGCAUAUUGCAGAAAAUCAUUUAUGCAAAAAACAGUCCCACUUGAGUCAAAUGCAAAAAGUCAACAUCUGUCCAAAAGACGCAAUCUAGGAAUCCUCAGAAGAUCAUAUUGGGUCAACUGACUUCAGCUUUGCUUUGUAUACACUACAGUAUUCACAAUCUGAUUAAUCUGCAAAACCACAUCAGGCUGUCAAUGAGCUGUAUUCUGAAUCCACCGAUGUGCCUUACUUCUCCUCCUUUGAUGAGAUGGCAGCCUUUCACUUGAUGUGCCAUGUACCUUAACUGCGACAUUUGAAAAACUGUCAGUGAUCCAUAACUGUUAUAUACGAAGUGCAAUAAAAUACUUAGUCUGGUGUAGGGAUAAUUGCAGGCAAUAAUUACAAAAACGAAGAGCAAUGUUGUUGUUUUGUAUAAAUCUACAGUAUGUCAUUUUUGCAACAUUAAUUGGCCCGCUGUUUAUUGUAAAAGGGGAGGUGGUUUUUCCCAGAGGCAGUGAUGAAGCAGUUGUUCAUCCUGCCACUCGGCCACCCUUUGGGAAGAAGACUUAGUUGGACUCUCUCCACACACAAUUUGCAUUCCCAGAUCCAUUCUUCCUUGCCAGCAGUAUUCUCAUCCCACCUUCUCAGACCUGUAAGGGCACUUUAGGAAGAUGCUGGUUUGUGGUUGGGAUCGAACCACAAUUGAAGCGGAUUUGGCACCUUUGCACAACAAACCUCCAAAUUUUGUGCAACAAACCUCCCCAAAAUUGGAUGGAUUUUGCUUUAUGUUUUUUGUUUGCAAUCAGGAAAGUGACGCAAUACAAUGCUGAAUGUGGGUAAACAUUCCUUGAUGCAAAGUUGUACAACCUCCCUGCAAACAAAUCAGGAUGAAUGCAUAAUAAGCAGGUGGUCUGGAAGGUGGCUUAAGAUGUGAUGACCUCCAGGAGUGUUUCCCAAAGGUCCAACUUGCCAUGCAGCAGGCUAGCCCAUGUCUAAUUCUGCUCGUUAUGUUUUUCUAUGCAAGGGGAAGCUGCUGUUAGCAUCUUGACUAUGCUUUGGUGUUGUGGCCUCCUGUUCCCUUGUCGUUUUUGCCAGUGACUCCAGGAGCCAGAAGGUGGUGACCUCCAGUCACAGGACUGGGGUGGGAUGGUUAUUACAAGAGAGCAGAGUUGGCAGGGUUCUUCUGGGAGACACCCUCCAGGACUAGGAUGCUCUCCUGAACCAGAUUCCAAGACUCUUCUUCUGCUGGAAGGUGAGCGUGCAGAGUGCUGUCCCUCUACAAACAGUCUAACUGCACAGUAGCUCAGGGAGGUCACUGAUGGUAUCUUCUGGCUCCUUUGGAAGAGGCAAUGUCUGCUGAUCUCUCCCCCUUUGGCCUUUGAGGGCUUAGCCACACUUACUGUUCCUCCAUGCAUUGCAUAGUCUGCACUUUAAAGCUCUGUGUGCGAGUGCUCUUUUUGUUUGUUUGUUGCUCUGGAGCUUUCUCCACGAAAACCUGCUCUUUAGCACUGAAUCGGAGCAAACAACAGUCUGGGGGAAAACAAAUUCCUUUUUGUUGCACUUCAGCUUUGAAGAGCAGUUUUUGCUGGGGAAGCUCGGGGGGGGCGAGAGAAAAAGGAGUGCUCAGACACAAAGCUUUAAAGUGCAGACCUCUGCCUGAAAAAAGUGGGGCAAAAAGGUAAGCAUUGAUGAACCUUGAGCCAUCGUUUUGCUCUCCCUCUCUCCCCUGCCAGAGCACAAAAUUGUGUCAGAUAUGGUCCUUUGUGCUGAUAAAGAGGGAGGGCGAUGGCAGCCACUUGCUAGAUGAUGUGCCAAAUUGUGGCCCCUUCUUCUCUUCCUCUUUUUACCUCUGGUGCUACUUUCAUGUGUUCAAUGGCCAUGUGAAGUUCUGUAGUGUUUACACAUGACAUGAGUCAGGAGAGGCUCCUUCCCCUUGUUCCACUGGGAAGAUUAUGGGGCUAUAAUCAGAGGGAGAGCAUUCCACAGAUAGGGGGCUACUGCAGAAAAAAGUUUUGCUCUCUCCCUGGCUGCCACUGGCUGCAGUGUCCUUAGAAAGGAGGACACAGAGACUUACGAUGUCAGGUUGUGGACAGGUUCAUAUGGGGGAAGGUGGUCCUUUAGGUAUCCUGAGCUAUAAAAGGCCUCUAGAUCCCCAACUCCCUGGUGAGAUUCCACCAUCCCCAUAAGAGGGUAAACUCCAAACCCAGCAGCAUCUGUUAGGCCAUUAUGGUUUUUCCAAGGCAACACGCAGCUGCAAUGCAUUCCAUGUCCUUCCGAGCUUCUGCAGAUCACACCCCUUCCUCCUUCCAGGCAGUGUUCACAUUUCGAGUGCUUACUGUGCACUUGUUGCGUUUCAAGGGCGGGGUGUUUUUAAUCUGUGUUUGCCCUGCGUUAUACAAAGCACACCACGCACCCAGUACUUGGAUAUAAGAUACUUCUGUUCGAUGUGUUGUUUGUCAAACCGGCUUCAUACCAGUUGGAGUCCACAAACCAUUGUUAGUUUGUCUCUAGCCAAGGUGCAAACACUUUUGUGUAGGGUAAAGACAUCAAAGGAAUCAAAGCUGUGCUGAUGUGAACAUCUGGAGGGUGCUAAAGCUGCUUUAUGCACCGGGGGCAGGGAAAAGAACCUCACUGCAAUACAAGUCAGUACAGUGGUACCUCUACUUAUGAAUUUAAUGCGUUCCGAACGCACAUUCGUAAGACAAAAAAAUGUGUAAGUCGAAUCCCAUAGGAAUGCAUUGGGAGAAAAAAAUCUUAAGUCGAAGCAACCCUAUCUAAAAAUUCGUAAGUAGAAAAAAUCUAAACAGCAUCCAAGAUGGCGGACGGAGCUCCAUUCGUAAGUAGAAACAUUCGUAAGUCAGGUCAUUCGUAAGUAGAGGUACCACUGUAAUAUGAACACACCCUGAGUCUGUGGGGAUCUCUCUCUCUCUCUCCCUCUCCCUCCCUCCUGGGUCCCAGUCUUCAGUAACUAGAUUGUGGAAGACUUCAGGUUCUGGGGCCACCACCUCCUUCCUCUCUCCAGUCCCCAAUCACAAAUACAAGUGAGCUUCUCUAUCACUGUUUCAUCUCUCCACUUUCAAACCUGUGUUUGGUCGGGUCAGGUUUAACAGUGUGUCAGCUUUUCUAUGCUACCCUGCUCUUUUGCCUGAAAAUAUGUUUUGCAAACCUCAACUAACCUGGAGCUUUGGCCUUCCAGUAAAGGCAAUUGCAAGGAGAUGCCCACUGGGUUGUGGGUUUUGUCAUUGUUUUGGGUUAUACACAACCUUCUGGUUUCUCUUUGCCCUCCCUCUAUGUUUGCCACAGGAAUUUUUUUUUUAAGGAUAAAGUUAUAUAAAAUUGUUGACGUAAGAUAAUUGUACAUAGAUAUAAUGUAUGUAUAUGUUGGGGGGG